CCGCUCGCCCGAGUGGUGCAAUCCGGGGCGGUCUCUGCACUGCCUGUGUGAGAGCAGCGGAGUCUGGGCUCUGGGCGGUGGCGGUGCUAGUGGUGAGUCUGCACCAUGUCUUACCCUGGACACCCUGGCGCCAGCGGCGGGUACUACCCAGGCGGGUAUGGAGGGGCUCCCGGAGGACCUGCGUUUCCUGGACAAACUCAGGAUCCCCUGUAUGGUUACUUUGCUGCAGUGGCUGGACAGGAUGGUCAAAUAGAUGCUGAUGAACUGCAAAGGUGCCUGACACAAUCGGGCAUUGCAGGUGGAUAUAAACCUUUCAACCUGGAGACUUGUCGGCUUAUGGUUUCAAUGCUGGAUAGAGAUAUGUCAGGCACUAUGGGUUUCAAUGAAUUUAAAGAACUUUGGGCUGUACUGAAUGGCUGGAGACAACACUUCAUCAGUUUUGACAGUGAUCGGAGUGGAACUGUGGACCCUCAGGAAUUGCAGAAAGCCCUAACAACAAUGGGAUUUAGGUUGAGUCCCCAGGCUGUGAAUUCAAUUGCAAAGAGAUACAGCACCAAUGGAAAAAUUACCUUUGAUGACUAUAUUGCAUGCUGUGUCAAACUGAGAGCUCUAACAGACAGCUUUCGAAGACGGGAUACCGCUCAGCAAGGUGUUGUGAAUUUCCCAUAUGAUGAUUUCAUUCAGUGUGUCAUGAGUGUUUAAAUGAAGAGGACAUUUUAUGGACAUAAACGACAUUCCAGCUGGAGUUCUUUUUUGCUCUUAACUCUCUGCCCUCAGUGUGUAAACUUGUUAUCACCAUGCUUCCUUAACAGUUAUUGUAAAGGUUUAUUACUUAUGUAUAACUGAAGUUAUGUUAGUUUUGAUAAUAAAUUCUUUUGAAACUUUAUUAAUAUAAGAUAAAGUCUAUUAUACUAGUUAAAACUUUCUUGAAUCAUUGUCAGUCAUAUCUUAUUUCUUGGUAAAUUCCUUCUAUGUACACUUAAGUAUGUGAAUAUUUAAAACACAGAAUAUAUUUUUCACUGUCAGUUGCUAAAACUUUACCAGACUGCAGCUAUUGUUCUUCCCCCCCUCAAAGGGCAUUUGCAUGUUGUUGAAAGUUUUAUGAAUGGAGUAUCUUGUCAUAUAAAUGGUCUCAGCAUACUUUCAUUUAUAGUAAUCCAUGUCAGGGUUCACCUUAUUGACUUAAGGCUUAUAGAUAUUUUGAUAGCCACAUGAAUGGACAGGGAGUGGGAGUAAUUAUUUUAAGUGUUGAGUGUUAUCACCAUCUUUCUUUGCAAAGAUUUAUAUAAACCUUUGCUAACUAUACUUCAAAAACUUAGGCAUGAAUUUAACUAUGUAGAAAAUAAAACUUAGAAAAGUGACUAAGAAAAUACAUGAAAAUUUUAACUGGUUAUUUGUAGUUAAUGGAAUUCUAAGUGGCUAAUUUCCUUUAUAUGUGUCGGUAUUUUUCAAGUUUUCUAUAUUGUAUGUACUCUCCUUUAAAACUGGAAAUCAGUUUUUAAAAUAUCGAAUGUACAUUUUGAUAUUCCAUAUGUUCACACUUAUAAAAUAUACCCAGCAGAAGAACUAGAAGGAAAGUACCCAAAAAUAUUGGUGCCACUGGAAGUCAGCAUUGUGAGUUCAUUCUUUUUUCAAAAGUCAUUGAUAAAUAAGGAAGUCUCACAUUUAUAAUGAACAUAGUUUCAUUUUUUCAAUCAUGAGCCCCUUUUUCUCCUUUUUUAGGAUUUAUUUUCCAUUUUAUUUUUUUCAUCUGUGGGUCUUGCCCAUACCCAGAAAGGGGCUGGUUAAUUUGGCUGAAUUAAUUCACCUGUCACACCCCACCCUACCCCCCGCCCCUAUCCCUGGCUCUUUUUUUCCUUCCUUCUUUCCCAUUUUUAUUGCUGGGGCUCAGUGCCUGCAUGAAGAUUCCACUGCUUGCUCCUGACAGAAGUUUGUUCCUUUUUUUUUUUUCCUUUCCCUUUCUAUUUUAUUUGAUAGGACAGAGAGAAAUUGAGGAAGAAGAGAUAGAGAGGGAAUGAGAAAGAGAGACACCUGCAGGGCUGCUUCACUACUUAUAAGGUGUCCCCCCGGGCAGGUGGGUAUCAGGGGCUCAAAUCUGGGUAUUUACACAAGGUAAUAUGUGCCACUGCCUGACUUACAACCGUGGACUUUUAAGAUCUGGAUUCUAAUGUUAGCUGUAGCUCUUACUAAAUAUGCGAUUUGAUCUUUUUUAUCUCGUUUCUAGAUAAGUCUCCUAUCUUUGAAAAAAUAAUAUCACAUAUAAUAGUUCUGAAUGUAAAAAGUAUGUUGUUGUAAGCACCCACAAUAUUUUUGUUUCUUAAAUUUAGAACUGACCUUGUUUACUUUUUUUCUUUUAUAAAACAGCUUAAUGUAUAAAACAAUGAAAUUAGACUGUUCCUCCUUGACAGGAGAAUAUGUGUCUAACUUUAAAGUUUGAGAACUACAAUUUGGAUGAGCAUUUAGUUACCAGCCAGUUCAAAUAAAACAUUCUAAUUCUUUAGCAUCAAUUCACUAAUAAUUAUUUUUUUAAAUUGCUUAUCUACAAUCUUACAUGCAAAAAAAGUUGUUCAACCCUAACUUAUAAUAAUAUAUCUGUAUUAAGCAUUCACAUGUAGGUAGAGUCAGAGGCAGCCUGAUUUACACUCCAUGGUGAGUCUAGGCUUCAUUGUACAAGGCCAUAAAGUUUUACUUGAGCAUAACUUGUCCAGAGGAUGCUAAAAGGGUCUUAGAAGACCAGGAGGCAAUGAUCUCUUUUUCAGAAGGAUCAGCACCCACAGUUUGCUUCAAACUCACUAAGAUUCUCUGAUAAAAUCAGUUUAAGAAAAAAUGGUUAUUUUUCUGGUGGUUAACGUGGUAAGAAGAUCCUUGCUGAUCCAAGGUUAGGGGACAUUUUGAAUCAUUCUGCUGUUUUACAAAGUCCCAAGGUGUGCUGUUAUCUUUCAUAGUUCUAAUUUUUUUUUGGGGGGGGGGAGCGGGGGUUAAAAGUAUCACACAACUAGACCAAUGAACAUAUUUAAUUAAUUUAGUUUUAAUUAUGUAUACCUUAUAGUAGGUCUCCUUAUCUCCUUCCCCUUCACAAAUUGAUACAUCUAGCAGCUCUUUCUUUGCUGCCACUCUCCAUUAUAAAUGAAUCUUACAUUGCCUCAUUUCUAUUGUAUGCUGAAUUCUAUCUAUGUUUUCAUCCACUAUAAACUGCCAGUGCAGCCUCACCCAUUUCUUUAAACUGUAUCUUGCUUUCUUUUCUUCUGAAAGCAGUUCAAAUGGCAACUUGAGUUAUUUAAUAAAUGGAUUAAUUUUCCUCAAAUUAUCCCAACUCGAGAUUUUAAUCACUAAGUGUGUCCUAGUUUAUGGUUUGUAGGAUUCAUGAUGUGUAAAUAACUAUUAUCUUUUCAAGCAAGAGGUCUGGUGCUUCCCUGGGAAUAACUGGCAAAGACUUAUACCACGGCUGUCUUUUAAAUCAGUGCUCAAUUCAUUUGAGCCAAAGUAGACUUCAGACACCAUUUUAUCGUGAUGUUCACCUGGUCACAUGAGAACCAACUGUCCAUGAGAUUACUAGCAAACAAAAUUUUUUAUCUCUAGCCAGCUUUUGUUUUUGUUCACUUGAGUGCUACUGCUUUAUCUUAAUGAGUUAUUGUUAUAUGACUAAAAUAUUAUAAAGAGUGGAUCUAUAUGAGAUCAUUAUAAUUUUUAAUGUCAUAAUAAAUGUAUGAACUCUCA